UCCACCCUCUCGGCGCUCGGCUCCCUCGGCAGCUCCAGCCCCAGCCCUCCCCGUCCCCCGCCAUUUCAGACCGGGACGGAAAGGGACGCGGAGCGACCGCCGCGGCGGGGCGGGCAAGGGAGGCGCCGGCGUGCUCCCGCGGCCCGCUGCAGCGCCAGGCAGGGAGGGAGUUGCUUUCCGGUAAUAGCAAAGGAACGUGAUAUUGAAUGAAAACGCACCAACAGCAUCCUCAUUAGUCGGAGCCUGACUCUCUCUGCUUAAUGUUGGUUUCUUUGUCAUCAGGUCUGCUAAAAAAUGACAGAAUAUAAACUUGUUGUCGUUGGAGCUGGUGGUGUAGGCAAGAGCGCCUUGACAAUACAGCUAAUUCAGAAUCACUUUGUGGAUGAAUAUGACCCUACAAUAGAGGAUUCCUACAGGAAGCAAGUAGUAAUUGAUGGAGAAACCUGUCUCUUGGAUAUUCUUGAUACAGCAGGUCAAGAAGAAUACAGUGCAAUGAGGGACCAAUAUAUGAGAACAGGGGAAGGCUUCCUGUGUGUAUUUGCUAUAAACAAUACAAAGUCUUUUGAAGAUAUUCACCAUUAUAGGGAACAGAUAAAGAGAGUUAAAGACUCUGAAGAUGUCCCAAUGGUGCUAGUAGGAAACAAAUGUGAUUUGCCUUCCAGAACAGUAGAUACAAAACAAGCUCAGGAUUUAGCAAGAAGUUAUGGAAUUCCUUUCAUUGAAACAUCAGCAAAGACAAGACAGAGAGUGGAGGAUGCUUUUUAUACAUUGGUGCGAGAGAUUCGACAGUACAGAGUGAAAAAAAUCAGCAAAGAAGAAAAGACUCCAGGGUGCGUGAAAAUUAAAAAAUGCCUUGUAAUGGGUGUUGAUGAUGCCUUUUAUACAUUAGUUCGAGAAAUCAGAAAACACAAAGAGAAGAUGAGCAAAGAUGGUAAAAAGAAGAAAAAGAAGACAAAGACAAAGUGUAUAAUUAUGUAAAUACAAUUUAUCCUUAUUCUUAAGAAGUACUUAAGUAAUUUUUGUACAUUACACUAAAUUAUUAGCAUUUGUUUUAGCAUUACUUUACUUUCUGCUUCAUGAUCCUGUUAGCUUUACCUGAAUGCUUGUUUUAAAUGACAGUGGAAACUUCAUUCCUCUUAAAGUGCCAGUAUUCUUUGACUGUUGGUUCUUGAACUAGCAAUGCCUGUGAAAAAAAAAACAAAACCAACAAAAAAAACCCAAACAAAAAAAACUCGCACAAAAACCUGAGAACUGUCUUAGGACUCUUCAGUGCAUGCACCGUUGCUAACUUCCUAUUUUUCUUACUGAUUGUGAACUUCUGUUCUGUGUGCAAACCAAACAAUGAAAUGAUGCUCUACACAUUCUAACAUCCCCUUUAAUUUUUUGGUUUUUAAAUCUGGUUGGGACAACGGACUAGUUAGCAAAAGAGACUUUCAUUUCAGCCUUUCUUUUAUUUUAGACUGACUGCAAUAUAGAGAGACCAGAAGCCUUUAUAGUCUUCCUGUAGAUUUUGCUUCUAGGCAUCUAGUCUUGUAGCAUUUCAGAUCAGCUUUAAUGAAUGUAAAGAUAAAACUUUCACAAAAAAAAUUUUCACUGCAAUUUGUCACGGUCACUCCUUAAAUACUCUAUUUUUUCUAUAAAAAAAAAAGAAAAAUUAAAAAAAGACAACAAUGCACAUCUGGCAAUGGAAAAAGUAAAAGUUCUAAUUAGGUUGAUUUGCUAUUGUUAAUGCGUUGUUUUAAGACUCACUAACUUUUUGUGUCUGAAGACCAAGGUGAAAUCCUAGCUCUUCUGACCCCCAGUGGCAAAUCUUUAAGUAGCUUUGUUCAGUAGGUACAGGAUUUCACCCUUAGUGUAUCUAGGAAAUACUAGAAAGCCUUAACAGAUAAGUAGAUUCAAAUUCUUAGGUUAAUUCAUAAAUGGAUCCAGAAUUUGCCAUAAGAAUUAAAUCAGAAUGAAUCCUAAAUUAUAUAGCGAAGUAAAACCAUUCUUUAUUUCCCCAAGAGUGGCAUUAAAUAUUUCCAGAUGCCCAUCUUGUGCAUAAUAGGGGAGGAAUUUUAAAUUCUAGUAAUAUCAAAUGAGUGAAUGAAUGAGUUGAAUUUAGCUGCUUCAUGCAAAUAAUUUGGAAAUCUACUAUGCCAUAAAAAUGGUGUGGAAUUUGCACAAACAGUCAACAUAGAACAUGGUUUCCAGAGUCAAUGUUUGUGUGAUGUUCGUGAAGUACUAGUUUUGUUGCACAGAUUAAAUUGUUGGUGAGUGGCAUUCCGGUGUCUAGACUGUCACGAAGCUAGACCAAGAUUUUAAUGUUGUCUCUCUCUGUGAUUAAGUUCUCUUAUGAUCCCCCCCCCCCCCUUUUUUUUUUCUGAUUGGAGUUCAGAAUUUUUGCAGAAGCUUUCAUUUUUUGGUACUGCAGUAGUCUAGUUAUUCUGCACUAAAGUAAGAGCCAGUAAUUCCAGUGUUGCCAGUUCCUGUUGUCUUACUGUAAAUGUUGCAUUGUUUGAUUGUUUCAUUAGGGCCUGGGCUCCUGAAGGUACACUUCUUUCUAGUACCCAGCUCAGCUGCAGAGUAAAGUUGAAAAUGUGACUCUGGUGUACCCCAAAAAAUAAAACAUAAGACAUUGAAGUAGGAUAGUUCAGGACACUGGAAAGUUUGGAACAGGGAAUAGCAGCAUUGCCCUAACCUAAGGUAUACCUAAACAAUUACGUGGAAAUUUUACACAGUACGAUUUUCAUAUACCUCUGACUUGGACCAUUUAUAUGAUGUCAAGGGUGCAACUGCAUGAGAAAAGUAUUCUUGUGCUUCUACGAAGAAAAACCCCGCAGUGACUCUCAUAGGUGGAGAGCUGCAAAGCUGGCAGGGGAUGUAUACUAUCUGGAUUGCUGUGUGUUCUUUAAUUUCAAUGUGGCAGAGAGAAACAAUGCCUUUUCCUGCCUAUGCCCCCCAUUCCUCACUCUCCACCAAAACCCAGACCCCUUCCCCUCCUUUCAGCUUUGAUGUGAAAUAUACUUCAGAUUAUGAAAUAUUCUGAAAAAUAGUAAUAGGAGAACCUAACGUUAUAUUGUAAGGACCAAUAAGGAAUAAGAACAGAUUCUUAAUGUUGCAAAACAUUUUACAGCUUCCAAGGUUAAAACAUUUUGGGGACAGUUAUUUGCACAUUUUUGACACUCUUGAUCAUAUAUGAAGAGCGUAGCAGAAGAGGAUAGUAUACCUUGAGCAAAUGGAAGUAAUCUUAAGAUUACUUUAAGAUUUUUGGUAACUGAGUCACACUGCAUGUAAAAUUAGGGCUGGUCUAAAAUUCUUAUGUUAAUUUAACUAAAAACCAUUAGGAGAAAUUUUAGCUGAAACAUCUUAAUCAUCAAAUAUGGAUUUAUAUAGCUCUAAUAUAAAGCUAUAUAUAAAAUAGUUGGGUUUCUUUUUUUUUUUUCUUUCAGUAAAUGUGAUCUGUAGCUACCAAUCUAAAUUAGUACAAAAUCCAUUUAGAUUAACCCUUAUUUACUUUUUUUGGAAAAAAAAAAAAGGAAGAAAAAAGAAAAAACACACAUCCUUGCCACUGUUGUGCAGUUUUGUCUUAAUAUUUGUUGAGAUUUGGUGAAGCAUGUUGGAUGCAGCUUGCACAAGUUGAUCUCAUUAUUAUUCUGUCUUUCCCUAUUUGGAAUGCUUUCAAAGAACAUACCUGGAUGCUAUCUGUUCUGAUAGCAACUACUAAAUGAACAUGUGAAUCACUUACCACGUCAAUAUGUUAAAUUGCCAUGUGUCAGGGAGUAACGCCUUCUGAUAGUAGCUUUAUGUAACUCUGGUAAACAACUUUAUCAUUGGUUUUCUCAAAACUGAAAUUUAAUUAUUUUGACCAGUCUCAUUGCCCUAAAAUUUUUGUUAACUUAAAAAUAAAUUUAACUGUAUAGAUUUUGUUACAGUAACAGGAUGUCUGUAAUGGGUAAAUACUGACACGCAAUCUUCUGCUCUUGUCUAUACUACGAAGCAAUACAAUUAUUACCUUCAAAGACCAUCAAACUGUAAACAAAUCAUUGUGUCUCAAGUUUACAUAAAGCUACAUAGAUGGUAAAUCUUUCCUAACAUUUCUUUAUUCCACUGUCUUGUGUUUUCACGUUGAAAAUACUUCUGCUUUUUCCUCUUGAGUGCCAACUUCUUACUAGAAUGACUUCUUAAUGUAAUAUGUUUACCUGGAAUGUAUUUUAACUAUUUUUGUAUAGUGUAAACUGAAACAUGCACAUUUUGUACAUUGUGCUUUAUUUGAUGUGGAACAUAUGCAGUGUGAUCCAGUUUUUCCAUCAUUUGGUUGCGUGACCUAGGAAUGUUGGUCAUACCAGACAUUAAGUUAAAAAAAGAAAAAAAAAAAAAGACCACUGUUUGUUUUAAAAUUUUUAAUGUUUUUAGGAGUAUGUGCUGUGAGGUGAUCUGGAAUUUGUCAUUUUUUUGUCAAACUGUACUGCUCCUAUUUAUUGUAAUGUAAUAAAAAAUAGUUAUUGUGA